AUGUCGGAGAAAAAUAAUGAGAAUGCAGAAAGUGCUGUAGAACCACGAAGAUCAUCAAGGAGAAAAGUCCCAGUAAAAACUUAUCAACCUACAGGAGAUUAUACUGAUGUGGCAAUGCGAGUGACUGCGAAGGCAACAAAAAAGAAAAAGAGCGAGUCACUGGAGGAUAUCUACACGCAGAAAUCGGUGAAAUCGCCCGUUAUAGCGAGUAAAGCCCUGGCUACUAUCACGGAGAAGGACUCGCCAGAUCCGUUUUCGAAGCUGAAAAGAAAACGAUUGAUGGUGUUUCCAACGGAUCCUUCACAUAGAAAACCAAGAAAGCGAAAGCUGACAGAAUCAAUCAAACGCGCGGCGAAGAUUCGAAAAGUCUCUUUGGAAAACGACAAGGAUAAAAUUUUGAAAGAAAAACUCGAGCAGCUGGAAAAGGACCUCGGAGAUAUCGAAGAAACUAACUAG